AUGGCUGCCAAGGGAAUCCACCUACUCUGGUUGCUCUUUUCAGUUCUUUGGAUAAUCCUGGAAACAGAAGCUGACGGUUUUGAAGACUUCAAACGGAAGCAUGUAGAUUUUCCAGUGACAGUUUCUGCAGAUUAUUGUAAAAAUAUAAUGGAGUCCAGGGGCCAUUAUGAAGCCAAUGUAUUUAUCCAUCUCCCAGAGGCUGAUUUAAAACAUAUCUGUCCUAACAGAUAUACGGGGAAAAAAAUCUCAGAAAACCCUGUUCAAUAUACUUAUUGUUCAAAGAUUUUUAAUCGUUUUUCUGGUGUUCGUAGCACUCGGAGGAUUGUUUUUCAUUGCCUGAAAGGAUUGCCUGUUAAAAUCGAUUCACUUUAUUCUGAUCAGAACCAAAUUUGA